AUGUCCAGUUUAAAGGACAUAUGCAGCGGGCUUCCUUUCGAUCCUUUGCCUCCAAACAGGGGACGAGAUCCCAGCAUGCCUCAUGCUCCGAUUCGGACCCCCAACCUUACUGCAGAAGAAGAGCGGCUGGCAUUGAGAAAUGCUCUGCGUUACUUUCCGCCUUCCCACCAUCCAACGCUGGCUCCUGAAUUUGCUCAGGAGCUGCGGCAGUAUGGCCACAUUUACAUGUACCGCUUCUGCCCCGUGCUACGCAUGAGAGCCUACCCCCUAGACGAGUACCCAUGCCGCACACGUCAAGCAGCCUCUAUGAUGCUCAUGAUCAUGAACAACCUGGACCCGGCUGUUGCUCAGUUUCCCCAAGAGCUUGUCACUUAUGGGGGGAAUGGCCAGGUGUUUAGUAACUGGGCUCAGUUCCGCCUGGUGAUGCAUUACCUGAGUGAGAUGACCGAGGAACAGACCCUGGUCAUGUACAGUGGCCAUCCCAUGGGCUUGUUCCCCAGCCUGCCUUCCUCCCCCCGGGCCAUCAUCACCAAUGGCAUGGUCAUUCCAAAUUACUCCUCCAGAGAUCAGUAUGAAAAGAUGUUCGCUCUUGGUGUGUCGAUGUAUGGUCAGAUGACAGCAGGAAGCUACUGCUACAUCGGGCCUCAAGGGAUAGUUCACGGCACAAUGUUGACGGUACUGAACGCCAGCCGGAGGUAUCUGGGCUCAGGCGACUUGUCAGGACGUGUGUUUGUGACCUCCGGCCUCGGAGGCAUGAGCGGAGCUCAGGCUAAAGCCGCCGUCAUUGCUGGUUGCAUUGGCGUGAUUGCAGAGGUGGACGAGGCUCCCUUGAGAAAGAGACAUGAGCAGGGCUGGCUGAUGGAGGUCACCAGCAACAUAGAGCAAUGCAUCAAGCGAAUCAGAGAAGCUAAGCGCUCCAAGACUCCUCUCAGUCUGGGAUACCAUGGAAACAUAGUAGACCUGUGGGAGAGGCUCCUGUUAGAGUUUGAGAGGACAGGAGAGCUCCUGGUGGAUCUGGGAUCAGACCAGACCUCCCUUCAUAACCCCUACAACGGCGGUUACUAUCCAGUCCAGCUCAGCUUCCGCCAGGCCAACCAGCUCAUGACGACUGAUCCUGACCGUUUCAAAACCAUGGUUCAGCAAAGUCUAAGAAGACACGUAACGGCUAUCAACAAGUUGUCUGACGCAGGCAUGUUCUUCUGGGACUAUGGUAAUGCCUUUCUCCUGGAGGCCAAAAGAGCUGGUGCAGAGGUUGAAAAAGCUGGAGGAGGAGCAACAGAGUUCCGUUACCCUUCUUAUGUCCAACACAUCAUGGGAGAUAUUUUUUCCCUUGGUUUUGGGCCGUUUCGGUGGGUGUGCACAUCCGGUGAUCCCCAAGACCUUGCUGUAACUGACAACAUUGCUGCCACUGUCCUGGAGGAAAUCAGUGCCCACGUGUCCGAUCGCAUCAAACAGCAGUACAAUGAUAACAUCCUUUGGAUCAGACAGGCUGGAAAACACAAAAUGGUUGUGGGAUCACAGGCGAGAAUCCUCUACUCAGACCAAAAAGGACGAGUGCGCAUUGCUUUGGCUAUCAACCAGGCUAUUGCUGAUGGAAGAGUUUCAGCACCGGUGGUUAUUAGCCGAGACCACCAUGAUGUCAGCGGCACAGACAGCCCCUUCAGAGAGACCUCGAAUGUCUACGAUGGUUCUGCCUUCUGUGCAGACAUGGCUGUGCAGAACUUUGUUGGUGAUGCAUUCAGAGGUGCCACAUGGGUUGCCUUGCACAACGGUGGUGGUGUAGGCUGGGGUGAGGUUAUGAAUGGAGGCUUUGGUUUGAUGCUGGACGGCUCAGAGGAGGCUGCGAAACGCGCCAGUCUGAUGCUCAACUGGGACGUCUCUAAUGGGGUGGCUCGCCGCUGCUGGUCUGGAAACAGUAAUGCCUAUGAAACCAUCCAACACACCAUGGAGGAGAACCGGCAGCUGCGUGUCACCAUGCCUUUUCCCGUGCAGGACGAACAUGUGCUUGACCGUGCCCUGCAGGGUUAACCAACACUCAGUCACAGUUUUAUAACCAACUACUCACAGCUGCAUAACAAAGGAAACCAGCAACGCUGAUCACGAUCCAUUUGUAUGAAUGAGCUUGUUACCCAGCUGUUAAAAUCAUGUACUUGAAACAAAUAGGAAUGACUAAUAUUUAAAAAGCUCCCACACAGACGUCGUGACACACUGAAAACUUGCAUAAUAAUUUACCU